AUGGAUAUUGAAUCAAAUAAAGUUUCAUCAUCAUGUGUUGAUCAAGAGUUAUCUAAAGAAGAUUCAAUUAUUGAUUCAAACGAUAAAAACAAUUCAAAUGAAGAAUCAUUCACCUCGUUUCCUCAUCUUUCACCAUCAAAUAUAAUUGGAACUCAUCCAAAUGAAAUUAUAACAAGUGUUAAUCCUGAUAAUGGUUACCCUGUUAGGCAAGAAAAUGGACAACGAAAAACUGGGCCACCACCAGAUUGGCCAACAACAUGUCAUCCGCCUGGUCGUGGUUGUGAAGUAUUUGUUGGCAAAUUACCUCGUGAUUGUUUUGAAUCCGAACUAUUUCCAUUAUUUGAACGUUGUGGACAAAUCUAUGAAAUGCGUCUAAUGAUGGAUUUUUCUGGUUUCAACCGUGGCUAUGCAUUUAUAACAUAUACAUGUCGCGAUGAUGCAAAACGUUCUGUUAAAGAAUUAAAUAAUUAUGAAAUUCGUCCUAGUCGUUUAAUUGGUGUUUGUCAAUCUGUUGAUAAUUGUCGUUUAUUCGUUGGUGGAAUACCAAAAACUAAAAAACGGGAAGAAAUUCUUGAUGAAAUGUGUAAAGUAACUGAAGGUGUUGUUGAUGUUAUUGUUUAUCCAAGUGCACACGAUAAAACAAAAAAUCGAGGCUUUGCUUUUGUUGAAUAUGAAAGUCACCGAUCAGCAGCUAUGGCUAGAAGAAAACUAUUACCAGGAAAAAUUCAAUUAUGGGGACAUCAAAUUGCUGUCGAUUGGGCUGAACCUGAAACUGAAGUUGAUGAAGAUGUUAUGGCAAAUGUUCGAGUACUCUAUGUCAGAAAUUUAAUGAUGAAUACAACAGAAGAACAAAUUAAAGAAAUUUUUCAACGCUUUAAAUCUAAUUCAGUUGAACGUGUUAAAAAAUUAAAAGAUUAUGCAUUUGUUCAUUUUAAAGAACGUGAUGAUGCUUUACAUGCGAUGAAUCUGAUGAAUGGUCGAGAAAUCGAUGGUUCGAUUGUUGAAGUUACAUUAGCUAAACCUGUUGAUAAAAAUCAAUAUUUUCGAUUUACGCGUGGUGUUAGUCCAUCGACCAUUGCUGCAAAUAUGCCAUUUGGUUUACCAGCUGGUAGUGUUGCUCCAACAACAGCAACGUUCGAUUUAACAUCUCAUUUAACAGCUAUUCCUUAUAUAACAUUUCCAAGUACACAAUUACAUACAAAUGCAACAUCGAUACCAACAAUAACUACACCAAUAAAUAAUGGAGCUACGAUUCUAUCUACUGGUGCCAAUGCUCUUCAACAAAAAAAUAUUCGUCGAUGUGUAAAUUCUACCGGUCGUUUAUCAGCAAAUGGCAGUGCAAGUCCUCCAACAAUAAACCGAAGUGUUCCUUCAACGCCAACAGGAAUUUUGACAACAUCAUCUCGUCCAAGUCAACCACCUCCAACUGUCGUUCAUCAUCGUGGUGCUUAUUAUACUAUUCUUCGACCAACGUCACGUCUAACAGACGAGAAAUGUCUCGAAGAUCUCUACAAAGAGACUUACGAUGCGCUGUACGGCUCUGCUGCUAGUACUACCACCGCUCCAUCGAUAAUGAUGAUCGAUUCCAAUCAUCCUCAGUUUAUUUUACCAGAACAACAAACUUCGCAGCAGCAGCCGAAUCAGCCUGAAGAGAUUCCAUUCGGUCCAACAACAUUUGGUUUUCAUCCUGGUGGUCCAUUAUUUCAAUCAGCAACACUUUUACCACAUCCAUUACUUGCUGCACAUCCUAAUGGAAAUCCAUCAUUUGCUCAACAGCCAUUCAUUUUUACAACAGCAAAUAAUCCUGGCCAAGCUCAACCAUAUUUUCAUGGUCAUCCGCAAACAAAUUAUCCAUUUCCAGUGUUUUUUAGUCCGCCAUUAUCAACCAUUCCAACGUUAACAUCAACGCCGACUAGUCCUGACUCGCCACUAUUCGCUUAUGGAACACCAACAUCGACGACUACAACGGUUACAACUGCGGGUGGUACUACUUAUUCAGCUUGA